CGUGACCGGAAGUUGGUCUUCGUGGGUCGCCGGUACCCGCCUUGGCAUUCUCCCGGGAAUGUGGAGAGCUGGCAGCAUGUCUACGGAGCUGGGACUCGGGUUUGCGCUGCGGGCCGUGAACGAGCGCGUCCAGCAGAGUGUGUCACGGCGGCGGCGGGAUCUCCCAGCCAUCCAACCCCGGCUAGUAGCGGUCAGCAAAACUAAACCUGCAGACAUGGUGAUUGAGGCCUAUGGUCACGGCCAACGCACUUUUGGAGAGAACUAUGUUCAAGAACUACUAGAAAAGGCAUCAAACCCUAAGGUUCUAUCUUCAUGUCCUGAGAUCAAAUGGCACUUCAUUGGCCAUUUACAGAAACAGAAUGUCAACAAAUUGAUGGCUGUCCCCAACCUCUUUAUGCUGGAAACGGUAGACUCCAUGAAGUUGGCAGACAAGGUGAACAGUUCCUGGCAGAAGAAAGGUUCUACUGAACGACUGAAGGUUAUGGUCCAGAUUAACACCAGUGGAGAGGAGAGUAAACAUGGCCUUCCGUCUUCAGAGGCCAUAGCCGUGGUGGAACACAUAAAGGCCAGUUGUCCCAACCUGGAGUUCGUGGGGCUCAUGACCAUAGGAAGCUUUGGACAUGAUCUUAGUCAAGGACCAAACCCAGACUUCCAGAUGUUACUGCGCCUGAGGCAGGAGCUGUGUGAAAAGCUGAACAUUCCUGUGGACCAGGUGGAGCUGAGCAUGGGCAUGUCCGCUGACUUCCAGCAUGCUAUUGAGGUGGGAUCUACAAACGUCCGGGUAGGAAGCACCAUUUUUGGAGAGCGGGAUUACUCCAAGAAACCUGCCCUAGACAAGACUACAACAGACCUGAAGACCUCGGUGUCAUUGGUGCAAGAACAGUGAGGCCAGGACAGCUAGAAAGAUCAACUAUGUACCAGCCUAGGUUUCCAAUUUGGUGUUCUGCAUGUUCCCAGUCACACUCUUCUGUGGCCUGUCUAGAGCGAUGAGGAUCACAUGUGUUGAUGGGAGCCACCUGUGCUUCGCCUCUGCUCUAGGAAGCUGGAUUCAAGCAGUAGCUCAGGCUGGAAUUUGAGUUCUAAACCAACACCGAGUCAGCCAGGAACUGAGAUCAAAUGAACCCUUCCAGGAGCACCCAACCCUCCAUGAAUGCCUUUCCCACGGCAUUUUCUGGGUUGCUGGUGCCCAUAACUGAGAAAAUCAGAGGGAUUCCCAUUUGCCAUCCCACUCUUAAUAGAAUACCCUAUUCCUGGGUAUUCUGGGAUGGGAUGAUUUUUGCUCCCAGUUUCUACCCUGACCAGUAGAUGUCUCUAGUAACAGCUUGUCUGUGGCACUGACCUGAAAUUCCAGGGUAACUUGUAAAGAGCACCUGGGCCUUUCUGACAUCAUCCUGCUGCAAAGGUGGGACUUGGAGCUUUGUCCUCAGGGACUAUAGUGAUGGGAAGAGUGUGACAGGAUUUCUACUUGAUCAUAACCCUUUUGUGGCUUUAGCAAAGACUAUCUCCCACUGGGAGACAUAGCCCUUCAGAAUCAGUUCCACCACAUGGUUUCAACAAGACUUCACUUGCUUUUUCUUUCCCAGGAAAGUAUUUCCCAGGUGCGCUGAUAGCCACCCCCAACACACACACACUGUAUUUGUAAGCAGAAUUUUGCAGCUCUUGGUUGCUCAUAAUGCAGCAAAGAUCUUCAAAACCCAAGAAACAGCUGUGUGGGGUAGCACCUGCUUGUAACUCCCGGCUUCUGGGAGGUACAGGCAGAAAGAACAAGAGAGUUCGACAUCAGACAAAGGCUCAAUGAGACCCUAUUUAAAAAACAAAUAGAGUCUGGAGAGAUGGCUCAAAGGUUAAGAGCACUGGCUGCUCUUCCAGAGGUCCUGAGUUCAAUUCCCAGCAACCACAUGGUGGCUCACAGCCAUCUAUAAUGAGAUCUUCUGGCUUGCAGGCAUAUAUGCAGAGAGAAUACUGUAUACAUAAUAAAUCUUUAAAAAAUAAAAUAAAUAACAAAACAGUCUAGGAAGCACAAGUCUCCAGCCAUCUUAGAAGAGCUUCGUUACACGCUGUUUGUCUCCUGAUUGCUUUUUCUCUUGUUCACUCUCGCCCUUGUUAUUCCUUUAUCCAAUAACUUCAGAACUUGCUGCUGCUGAAUGUAAUUUCAUAAAGUUAGACCACUGUGAUCCUUGUUCUGUUUCAGUCAAAGCUAGUGUGGUAUUCCAGAAUCUGCUAAAUACAAACGUGAGCUUGAAUUAUACCAUCUGUGCCAACUACCAAGAAAUUAAAGGUUUAUUUUUAUGG